CAAAGAGUGAAUGCAGCCAACUUACCCUUUGUACGUCACCCUCCUGGGCAAACUUGCGGCCAACGAGGGCUCCGAGUUCCGGCAUCUGCUUCCAAGCAAAUAGCAGUGGUGCCGUCGCGAGUCCCAGCUCCAAAUCUGCCCCCGCAGGCUUACCCAGAUCCGAUCCGCUCUGUGUAUAAUCCAAAAGGUCGUCUACCAACUGGAAAGCCAAUCCCAGGUUUCGUCCAUACGAGUAAGCUGCAUCGACUGUCACAGCAUCCGUGUUACCCAGCAAAGCGGCAGCUCGGCAAGACUUUGAGAUAAGCGAUGCAGUCUUGAGGUACGUCUUUUGCAGGUAGUAUGUGACAGUCUCCUCCGACCACUUGGGAUUCCUCUCGUCCCGCUCCGUGUUCUUAAGCUGCAUGAACUCGCCCUCCACGAGGUUAGCAAUAACAGUAGCCAGCAGCUCGACAACCUCUGGGUUUCGAAGACGAGCCAGCGCAACAGAUGCCCUGCCUAGCAAGAAAUCACCAGCCAGAACAGCCAUCUUGUUGCCAAACUCCAAAUUUGCCGAGGGCGAACCACGUCGAGAAAUAGAGUGAUCGAUAACGUCGUCGUGAAGGAGAGAAGCCGUGUGGAUCAGCUCCGUGAUUUCGGCAAGCCGUCGCUGGCUGGGAAGAAUAUCGGAGUUUGCAUCGGGGACUUCUUGUUCGAGAGAUGAUAGAGGCUGAGCAGAGGGGUUCACAUCGGCGAGGAUCUGAGCUGGCGAUAUCGAAGUGUCGACGCCACGGUGAGUAACUAUAGGAGCCGUAGGAGGAGUCUUUGGGCAGAGAUAUGUAGCUCUGCUCAUGAGGAGAACGAUCAAUGGUCUGACAUGCUUGCCCUCAGCCUGGGUAUAAUAUUUGGCAGCACGGUCAAGCGAAGGAUGACCAGAACCGAGGAGUUUUCGAAUGUUGCCCGUGAGGAACUUCAUCUCUUUGGCGACAGUCCGCAGAGGAUCGACAUGCAUUGCAUCCUUGGAAGCCUUCUUAACGACAUUGCUUACAACGUUGGAAGCGACUUGAACAGCCGCACCCCAGGCUGAGUCCCUUCGAGGACUAGUAUGCAACGAAGCGCUGUGUAUCCUCGAGGGAGAUCGACUGACGGUCAAUUGUCUGCACAGAGCGCAAGCCGGAGCAGCAGCGCUUGUCCUCGUCCACAAGGCCUGUCUGUUCAUAGUGCCGCGCACCACCGAGGCCCCCGGACGGAGCAUCGUAGCGGACCUUUAUGGAUAAUUCCCAGACGGUGAAUAAAUCGAGUGUUAUAACGGCAUUCGUUUAAUUAUAUCGUCUUGUCCGGGACGUUCGUAGGCGGUGGUAGUUCGAGAUCGUCAAUGGCGAGGGAAAUUUUGUUCGAUGGCUGCUGGAUUCUCGAUUGAUCCGAUUCUCUAAACUUUUCCAGCUCUAGCUGUGUUCUGCUAAGCCGGGGGGUUUGCGGGUCCGUUCGGCGGGCAGCCGAUAACAGGCCGUCAAGAGACGGAAUGUGAUUGGACGGACUGGGUAUGGGGCCGUUGAGCUAAGCGUCAGCGGAUGAAUCGCUACGGAACUGGCCUGGAAAUAGAUGCCUGUUGAUCAAGCUUUGGCCUUUGAUACGUUUCAAUUAAGCAUCAACGACAGCUCACCACGACUUUACCACUAUUGAGCUUGUACCGGUUGUUUGAACACGAUAACUUGCAUAAGAAGUGCUACAGAACAACAUGGUGCUACUCACAAUGACGUCCUCUAUUCUGGAGGCGUUGUCGAUUGUCGAAGCUACAGAAACACCACAAAUCGAAGAUCAUGACGGAACAGAGGAACAAGAAUCACAACAACCCACCAAAGAACCUACUUUAGACGACCCGAAACUUGGAAAUCCCAUAUCGCAUGGCCAAAUAGUUGAUCUGUGGAAGCAACUGAAAGCUCAAGGCAACUCAUACUUCACCCUCGAACAACUUCUUCGCGGCGCAUCAGUCUACAUCCCUCCUCCGCCUCCCAAACCCGAACCCUCCCCCGAAUACAAAGCUCUAAUGGCCCGUCUCCGCCGCGAAGAAGAAGCCCGCACCUACGAACGAAUGAUAAACCCACCUCCCCAACACGAAACCUUCAAAGACCACUUCCCCUCCAGCGCCGCCGCCUUCGCCGCCGCAAAUCGACCAACAUCCUCCGCAGACCUCGGCGACGACGACAUGGCGAUGGAAGAAGUGCACAAGCAAGUCACGCUGAUCAUCAACUUCCUCGUCAGUAUCGCCGGCGUCGCAGGAACAUUAUGGGUUACAGCUCGGUGGUGGAGUUUGCCGGCACGGAUGUUUCUGACGAUGGGAGGGAGUAUUCUUGUUGCUAUUGCGGAGGUUGUGGUGUAUAAUGCGUAUAUUUGGAAGAUGGACCAGGGGAGGAAGAAGCAUGGGAAAGUUAAGGAGGUUAGGGAGGUAGUUGAGAGUUGGGUACUAGGGAAGGAUGAGGAUGAGAAGAGUGUUUUGAUCAAGGAGAAGGAUAGAACGGAAGAUGGAGUGAGGAAACGAAAGACAGAAGCGAAGGUCGAGACAUGAUCCAAGCAUAUACCGUAAUAUCAUAAUAUUUAAUUGGAAGAGAAUGAGGACACCAGCUUCACACCUGGCAAUGCGAUAUUCGCUUCACAUCGAUAUCGAGGCUUCUUCACAGCAAUUGACAAAUUCGAUAUGGCCAUAA